GGCAGGCACAGGUAUAUGGAUGUCAUGGAUAGGUAACAGAGAAAUCCUUGACGUAGUCUAGUCAGGGAGGCAGAAUGACCGAGUGCUUCCUACCUCCGCCUGGCAGCCCUAGUGAACAUCGCAGGGUGGAACAUAGCAGUGGUCUCCCCCGAACUCCCAGCUCAGAGGAGAUCAGUCCUACCAAAUUUCCUGGAUUGUACCGCACGGGUGAGCCCUCACCUCCCCAUGACAGCCUCCACGAACCUCCUGAUUUAGUGUCUGAUGAUGAGAAAGACCAUGGGAAGAAAAAAGGAAAAUUUAAGAAAAGGAAAAAAGGACUGAAGGCUAUGCUGCCUUUCAAGAAGAUAGUUCUGGUGAUGAAGCGGAAAGCCCUUCUAAAAUGAAGAGAUCCAAGGGAAUCCAUGUGUUUAAGAAACCCAGCUUUUCUAAAAAGAAGGAGAAGGACUUUAAAAUUAAAGAGAAACCCAAAGAAGAAAAACAUAAAGAAGAAAAGCACAAAGAAGAAAAACAUAAAGAGAAGAAGUCAAAAGACUUGACAGCAGCUGAUGUCAUUAAACAGUGGAAGGAGAAGAAAAAAAAGAAGAAGCCAACUCAGGAGCCGUAGGUGCCUCAAAUUGAUGUUCCAAAUCUCAAACCCAUUUUUGGAAUUCCUUUGGCUGAUGCAGCAGAACGAACCAUGAUGUAUGAUGGCAUUCGACUUCCUGCAGUUUUCCGUGAAUGUGUAGAUUAUGUAGAGAAGUAUGGCAUGAAGUGUGAAGGCAUCUACCGAGUUUCAGGAAUUAAAUCAAAGGUGGAUGAGCUGAAAGCAGCCUAUGACAGAGAGGAGUCUCCAAACUUGGAAGACUAUGAACCCAACACUGUAGCCAGUUUGCUGAAGCAAUAUUUUGAGACCUUCCAGAGAAUCUGCUUACCAAAGAGCUUAUCCCCUGCUUUGAAGAGGCUUGUGGGAGAAGCACAGAGAGUGAGAAAGUGCAGGAGCUACAGCGCUUACUGAAGGAACUGCCAGAAUGUAACUAUCUUCUGAUUUCCUGGCUGAUUGUGCACAUGGACCAUGUUAUUGAAAAAGAACUGGAAACAAAAAUGAAUAUACAGAACAUUUCUAUAGUGCUCAGCCCAACGGUUCAGAUUAGCAACCGGGUCCUGUAUGUGUUUUUUACUCAUGUACAAGAGCUUUUUGGAAAUGUGAUACUAAAACAAGUGACAAAACCUCUUCGAUGGUCUAACAUGGCC